CUUCCUUCUUUACGUCUUCCAUCCACCCUCUGCGAAGGAUUUGCUGCAUCAAGCCAUCAAGGUACUAUCAAGAUCCUAUAGUUAGAAAAGAGAGGAGAAGAAAGGAACGAGCAAAUGAAAGAAUGGCUCGGCGCUUUGGUGGUCGACGAGGUUUCCUGGGACGACGAAGUCCUGGAUUCCUAGGCACUACUACUCGUCGACGACAUCAUGGCUUUGGAUUGAAUCUCGUAGUGCCAUCUGCUAAUAGUAAUAAUGGAGAGGACCAACAAUGGGUUCCAUCGGCCACUCAAGUGGCUUGGCUGCGACGAAUCCAAAUCCUUCCGAUGCUACUUUCUGUUUCGGGUAUCAUCUUUUCCUUAUUGCUCACACUGGCUUGGCAACACGAUCAUGUGACUCUGCAUGCUGGAGAGACUCGUCUGGUGAUUCCAUCCUUUCUCAGUUCAGCCCUAUCCUUUCACGUGCGUGAUGGUCGUUACGUGGACACUGCCGUCUACGCCCUGUCGUCACACGAGUGUCCACCCUUGACAGGACCCAUCCAUUCCAUUGUGAGUGAACAUGCCAUGACCUUGACGGGACGCUACGAUUACCAAUAUGAUUCUUGGCAUCUCAACGAAGGAUCCAACGUUCGAAUUGCCAUGGAAACGUCGGGACACGUGACGGUUCUAUUGGUCCAAGGGGAACCGUCCUGGAAGCUCAUGGGAGGAAACCUGGGAGAGAGCGACUUUGAAAAGUACCGUCGCAAUGCACUCGCAACGUGGCUCGUCGACUCCAACAACAAUAACAAUAGUGUGGAAUUUCAAGUGGAUCGCACCGAUAAUUACAUUCUCAUUUAUGGGAAUGGAAAGGGACAAUUCAAGGCACACUACAAUCACCAACUUACGUCACACAAUCUACAAAACAUGGAUCCUGUCUGUGGCAAUAUACGAAUCAAUGGAUGUCCGGCCAUUUCCGCCUCUCACGAGUGCAUCAUUGUCCAAACGUCACGCGCCAAACAAGAUACCCGCCGAAAACAAGAACAGGAUCCCACCGUCUUGCUAACUAUUGAAGGAUCCCGACGGUGGAUCGUUCUCAUUAUGAUUUCACUUCUCCCAGCUUGCUGUCUCAUGAUGGCCUGUGAAGUCUUGGUUGUCAAGCGAGGACAGCAGUGGCAACGAGUGCCAUUGGAUGAUCCGGAUGGCAACAAAGACGGGGAUGUGCAAGUGGUCCAACAGCACAACAAUAACGAGACGCAUUCUUUGGUCCAGCAAACAUCAUCAAUAGAGCUUAUACCCGUGGCGCAAGCGCAGGUGGUUUCUGCCGACAAUGUCAUGUCGGCCACAGCUGUCGUCGAAGUGCCAUUGCAGCCAAUGGGUUCAACCGUAGCUCCAAACAGGUAGUCAGUUGUCCACAAGCAACAAUGAAUUGGAUGAUCGCUCGAUCGAUGCAGUUCAAGAUGUCGACAUGUGGUAGGUACUCACUCAAUCGGGAGAAUAUGCUACCAUCCGUCGAGGACAUUGCACUACUACCUAGAGGAGAUCACUGCUCUGCAGGGUCCUUCUAUGGGGGAAAGCACAUGCUAGCCUGCUAUAGAUCUAUAGCAGUCAUAACACUGAGGAACGACACAAAUAGUAGAGACUUUUGCAGGGACUGCAGUGCCAAGGCAAGUCCUUGUGGGAUAUCUGGUGCUGGGGCCUUCUGUCAGGGAGAAUCCAGUGCUGGGACAAACCAUCGCAGGGGUUAUAGUGCUAGGACCAUAUUAUGUUGAGGCAAACCCUCCCGGCAAACCAUUACAUGGGUUGUAGUGCUGGGGCUGGACGGGGAAUCGAGUUCUGGGAUCCAAACGGCAGCAAUUCUAGGGACUGCAGUGUUUGCUUGGGUCGUCCACAAAUUGCAGCUUAGCACUACU